UUAUAAAUAGUCUGCUUGUUCGUAGACAAUUUAAGUGUUAACCGAUUCUUCGAUUAAAUAAUUGAAAUGGUCCUUUUAUUCGGGCUGCGUCUACUGGUCGUUUUAGCUGUGGUGCAUGCCACACUUACGCAGCAAAUUGGAAUCUUAAAUAGACAACUAGCGUAUCGGGACAUAGAGCAACGUUCAUUUAAUGAAAAUGUAAGACUUGCAUCAUAUCGAUCUCAAAUGCAACAGCCUCAAUUACAACAAACAGAGCCAACUGAAACACGUAUUAUCAAACAUCCAGAUGAGAAAAUCGUCCAUCAUCCUUCGCCAAUAUAUGUAAAACGACCUCCCACAUUUGUUACGAUCAAUCAUCCAGAUAUUGUCAUCGAACCACAUCCAGUUGUUUAUCAUAAACCAGCAGCUGUGGUUCGGUCGCCUGUUGUUUACAAACAUUUACCGCGAAAGAUUCAGUAUCGCAACAUGGUGAAGCACCUUGUGAAGCCAAUCGAACAGAAGAUUGUCCUCGAAGAAAAACGCCCGCCGAAAAUAUAUGCCCGUCACAGCCAACCUCAGUACUUUGUCGCACAGCAGUUGGACGCUUCACCUGCUGCAACGGAAAACGUACCGUGUCAGCACAUCAAUCGAAUGAGAUUGACAGGACAACUUGUUUAUCAACCGAGUGCGAUUUCAAGUUAUGAGGGUGAAGACAUGAACGAUGCUCAGCACGUUCCACCAUUGGACAUUGCCCGAGUUUAUUACAGACAAAAUUUUCCAACGAAUUAUCGCCAGUAAGAAAUCAUUUCUGUCUAAAAAUGUUGGCUUUGCUGAGUGAUAACAGCGGUGCGAGACACAUUCGUUUAUGAGGGUUCGAAUUUUAUAACAAAAUAAAUAAUUUCAUGUUGUAACG